AUGACGCCAGACAGUGCUGUGUCCUCUUCUGCCACAGCAGCAGCGCAAGGGCCACGAGGAACCAUUCCGCGCAGAGGACCUCGCUCCCCUCGGUCCCUCCUCGCCUCGCCUGGCGUGAUGGCGGAAGGCUCGCGCUGCCUCAAUGUCAACGUGGGUGUCCUGGGCCACGUGGACAGCGGCAAGACCAGCCUGGUGGCAUCCCUUUCCAGCAUACUUUCCACUGCAGCACUGGACAAGAAUCCACAGAGCCAGGCCAGAGGCAUAACGCUGGACCUUGGCUUCUCUGCUUUCAAGGUUCCCCUUCCCCAGCAUGUGUCACACCUUCCUUUCGACAACCUGCAGUUCACAUUGGUGGACUGUCCAGGGCAUGCAUCCCUCAUACGCACUAUCAUUGGUGGUGCCAACAUCAUGGACAUUAUGAUCCUGGUUGUGGACAUCACAAAAGGUAUACAGGUGCAGACAGCGGAAUGCCUUGUCAUUGGCGAGGUGACAGCCCAGCAGAUGCUAGUCGUGCUGAACAAGAUCGACCUGCUGCCUGCUGAGACGAGGGACCGUGCCAUAAAUAAGCUGAAGAAGAGGCUAGCAAAGACACUAAAGCUGACGAAGUUCUGGGACUGCAAGAUGAUACCUGUUGCUGCCAAGCCAGGAGGAAACAACCCUGCCGUGGGUGUUGAAGAGUUGGCAUCGGAACUAACGGCGAUGGUGCAGGGCCCACCUGUCCGCCGAUCUGGUCCAUUUCUGUUUGCCAUCGAUCAUUGCUUCCCCAUUAAGGGCCAUGGCACGAUAUUGACUGGCACCGUGCUGCAGGGAGAGUUGUCUGUGAACAAUGUACUUGAGAUCCCACAUCUGAAGGAGAAGCGAAAAGUGAAGAGCAUGCAGAUGUUCAAGCAGAAUGCUCUCAAAAUUCAGGGAGGAGAUCGUGCUGGUGUGUGUGUCACGAAUCUCGAUCCAGCGAAGAUUGAAAGGGGUCUUGCAGCUGCGCCAGGAACGGUGCCCACUUUCCAGGGGGCUAUUGCUUGGGUCGAUAAAAUCCGGUUUUAUUCUGGGAGUGUCAAGUCCAAAUCUAAGUUCCACGUCACCGUUGGGCAUUCCACGGUCAUGGCAACGGUUCGAUUUUUCUCGACGGUGGCAGGGGCCAUGGGGUCCGAAGAAGAGGCCGUCAAUGCUCUUCUGCAACGCCUCAGCCACUUGUCACUGAAGAAGCCGUCUGAUAAAUUCUGCUUCGAAAAUGAGUACUUGCAUGAAGAGGUGCUGCAUGGGCCGUGCGAGGAAGCAGCUUCAAGCAGCGGUCAACCGAAGUACUUUGGCCAACAAUGGGCUCUGUUGCAAUUCGACGUCCCCUUAACGGCGCCAAAGGAUGCCGUCCUGAUUGGCGCUCGGCUUGACACAGACGUCCAGUGCGCUUCCUGCCGACUAGCAUUCUACGGCCAACUCGUGGCGCCGAUUGAUUUGUCGAAUCCGGAUGAGGCAGCCAAGCUUAAAGUAUUCAAGUGGAAAGAGAAGACAGGGGUGAUUGAUCGAGUACAACCGGAUGGCAAGACAGCGAUUUGCCGAAAUCUUCUCAAGAAGGGCACAGACCUGAGAGCAUUCAUGGGCCUGAAGGUGGUAGCGGGCAACGGAUCUCCGGGGGUGCUCGAAUCUACAUUCGGCACGACCGGCAAAGUGAAGGUGUUCUUCCAGGCGGGCCUGGGUCGCAAUUGGCAAGAGGACAAGACCGUCAAGCUCGUGUUCAAGAGGUUUCAAUUCGGGGCAGAUAAGAAGAGAAUCGUGCAGUGA